AUGAGACCCUACGAAGAUUGCAUUAUUUCAAAAAGAAUACGCGCAAUAAAUGAUCUAGUAAUUUCUUAUCCGGUGCUGAUGCCCUUAAUCCAAGCUACUUUAUCGUUUGUUGUAGAACUACGAGAUUUUCAUAAUAUUGAUCUCUACCAUCGUGGCUAUUACCAAGUUCGUACUCACUUAAAAACAGGUGUACAGACAACAGGGACUACUGGAUCUAACAAUGGUAAAUCGCCGGCCUUUGUUGAACCGCCAUCCCGUUGGGAACGAGCUAGUACACGAUUUAAAGUGCCAGAAGCUGUAAAAGCCAGUUAUAUCGAGCCGAGUGUUUCUGUUCCAGCUUACACACCAGACAAAGCAUGUAGUAAAACAUUGUUGAUCAUGUAUCGAGAUGAAUCGGCAAAGUUAUGUGAUGUGUUUGAACAGAGGGUAUUGGUCCAAGUUGAUCCGAUCAAUUUAGAGGAGUCUUUAAUAAGAAACGAUCUUUUCCUAUGCGUUGAGCUAUGGUUUGUCGAAGACCCACUUGACAGACCCUUUGCUCCUGAAUUUCUGACUAAGGUAUGUGAGCGUCAACUACGUAUUCAUUUAACACCAUCUCGUGGACUUCACUAUCAUUUCACCGUAUUCUUCGAUUAUUUUCAUUUAUGUGCUAUUGAAUUAGCAAUUUAUGGAGCAUUAACAAACAUCACUUCAAGUAUUAUUAGUUGGCCAAAAUUUUCACCACAUAAUACACCCUUACAAACAAACAACCAAAUAAUUAGUUUAGCUCAACAAACAUGGCAUGGUAUCACUUGCAGUAUCAAACAGCCUAACAGACGUCAUUUUGCACUUGCUAUUCAUCGACAUCUUUGUCAAAUAUUAUUAGCGGCAAGAGAAUCCAUGUUAUUAUUUUGGCGUGAAAGUCUUCCGUAUUUACCUUCAUAUAUGAGACCACGUAUUGAACCUGUUGACUUUCAAAGUAAAUUGGAUUCACUUGUACAAACAGCUCAAAGCCUAGAAACAGAUGAUGAUUUAGCGAAUCAACUUUCAUUUGAUAUUGCUCGUCUCUCGUCUCAAAAUACUGUUCUAUUUAAACAACUAUGUAAAUCUGUCACCUUACAAUCCAAGUUGGCUGCUUUUUUACGUCGAAGGUUUCAUCAAAUUCGUAUGAAACGAUUGGCUGAGGCAUUUUUUUGUCAAGAAUUAUCACUUGUCAAUUUACUAGCUAUUUAUGACUCAAGUGUUGUAGGACAUGAAUCACUUGCUAAUGAUGUUCGCCAAUCAGUUUAUUUUCAAAAACUUCCAACUUUACCAGUUACCUGUCGUGAGUUAGACGGUGAUGUUACUAAUCUACCGAUUAUCUUCGAAGACAUCUUUUUACCACAUAAUAAUAAUAACAAUAAUAAUAAUAAGACAAAAUCAUUGAAUUUAUCUCAACCAAUUAAUGGUAAUAAUAAUAUUGAAAUAUAUACAACCAACGCACCAAAAACAAAAUAUACAUCAAUGGAGUUAUUGUUAACUCAUAAAUCCCCAUCUACCAUUGAUGAUGAUGCAUUUACACCAGUAAAAACUCGUUCAGAUGAUAAUGAGUCCGGUAUUUAUAUGGAAGAAGAUGCAGUGGGAGUAGGAGUAUUAUCAAAGACUGCAACUAGAAAUAAGUCAACUGAUUUAUCUAGAUGUGACACAACACCAGGUAAAUGGAUUUAA